AGUGAAUGCAUUGUAUGUUUUAGUCCCGAUAGGAGUCCGUAUCGUUAGGGAGUCUAUAGUUGUCUAUAGUUUGCUAUGUUUUUCAAUAGUGUUUUAUUCAAAGCAAUGGCUGUAUUACUAAUGUAUGCCAAUUACGCCAUACUAUACAACACUAUAGCUAUUAAUAUAAUACUACAACACAUACUAUAUGUGAACAAAACAGUCAUAACAUGUCUUAUGGCUGAUCGACACUUGACUGUCAUCUCAGGCAUCGGUUAACCGCUGUUUUCACCGAUAACUAACCGCUGAUCCCAUACUAAUGGUAUAUCAUGUCAUUUCUAUAAAGAUUUGGCACCGAUAUGACCAACAAUUGGCCACUUUUGUGACCGAUUUGAACAAAUCUCAGUCUAUUUGAUACAACAGUCCUUUUAGGUGAGUGUCGGGUGAGUCCCAAUCGCCGACGUUAACGAUGACGACUUCAUCGGAGGACGUGCUGCGAGUUGUGGAAAACGUCCGCAUGAAGAAAGCCGACGGAACGUUAUAUAUGAUGGCCGAAAGGAUUGCAUGGAUGCCCAAUGGAAAGGACACGUUCACCAUAUCUCAUAAGUACGCCGACAUUAAGACACAAAAGAUAUCACCCGAAGGUAAACCAAAGAUUCAGCUGCAAGUAGUGUUGGACAACGGCAGCGAUACUUUUCAUUUUGUUAAUCCUAAUGGCGUCGAGAGUCAACUCAGGGACAGGAAUGACGUGAAGGAGUUAUUACUCCAAUUGUUGCCGAAAUUUAAGAGGAAAUUAUCGAAAGAGAUUGAAGAGAAAUCACGUAUUCUUAAUGAAGAUCCAGAACUGUUCGGAUUAUAUAAAGAUUUGGUGACUUCUAAUAUCAUUAAUGCCGAAGAGUUUUGGACCAACUAUGCUGUAAACAGAAGAAAUGAGUUGAAAGACAAGAGUGAAGAUUUGGCUCAAAAAGUUGGCGUUUCAGCCGCUUUUCUGGCAGAUAUUCAGCCACAAUCUGACGGAACAAACGGAAUUAAAUAUAAUAUAACUAAAGAUAUUAUUGACGCCAUAUUUAAUACAUAUCCGGCCGUCAAAAGAAAGCAUUUUGAGAGUGUACCCCAUAAGGUGUCGGAACAGGAGUUCUGGCAACGAUUUUUUCAGUCCCAUUAUUUUCAUAGAGACCGCAAUACUUCAAACAAAGAGUUCUUUAAUGAUUACUCAAAGAAUGACAUUGAAAAAGCUCUUAUGAAAGGCAUUAUCGAUCCAUUUGUUGAUUUGUCAUCAAUGGACGAUCGGGUCAUCUCAUUGAACGAUAUUAAUAAAGAAGACACCGAUAAGUCAAAGAAUGAUACCAUGAAUUCACUAUCAAAUUCAAAUCAAGCACUCAUUAAACGUUUUAAUCAUCACUCGAUAAUGGUUUUGGAAACGUGUCUUAAUAAGUCAGAUAACAGUCCCCCACUUAGCAAACCCGUAGCCCAACUAAAUGGUCCGCCAAUACUUAACGGCAAUAUUCCUAAAAAGUCUAAGAAUGCGUUGACAACAACUGUGACGCCUGUGAUUGAUGACAGCGAAGUGAUGGCAUCACAACAGGAAAGGGAACGCAUUAAGAGAUUACGUUUGGAAGAGAAGACACAUUUAGUAGAUUUGGAUGAUAACAGAAGUCAAUUAUCAAAGACAGCAGUCCUUAAUAUUAAGAAUAGAGACCGGUAUUUAGUGGGUCCCAUACCUAACGGUGACUGUGAUAUCUAUAAUAAUAGUUAUUACGAUAGCAAUCAUAAUAAUAGCUUAAACAAUAUUUUUCACUCCUAUUUCCAAUUAAACUCUUUGGUUGACAAUUGGCGGCCAAACUGUAAGAAUGUAUUGCAAUCUGCGUCAGCCAUAUCUGCCUUAAGCGAGUUAUCACCGGGUGGUGCGCUCAUGAAGACAUCUCAUACCACUAACCUUAAAGAUGAAGUACCGCUUGACGUCCAAAAAGAGCUCAAAAAUUUAUCGUUUGCUUUAAACGAAUUGUUGCGCCAUUUUUGGUCGUGUUUUCCGGCGACGAGUCCACAGAUUGAGGACAAAUUGUGUCAAAUGAAGCAAACAUUAGAGAGAUUUCAAUAUCUAAAACUACAACCAUUUCAUGAAAAACUUAGUCGUGAAUAUCAUACACAAGAUUUAACCGCUCAUCUCAUGAGUCAAAUUCAAGUGGCUUUAAAUCGUUUCAAUACAUGGCAGGCAAAGAAAAAUGCACUCAACGUUAGAAAAUAA